AUGAGCAGCACGAACGUGAGCCAGCUCCUGCCGCACAGCGCGGGCCUCCUGAGCUGGAGCAGCUGCGGGCGGUACCUCGGGAUCGCCAAGGACACGCGGCUCAGCAUCCGCGAUGCGACGCUCAACAUGGCCGUCGUGCAGGUCUACACGUGCAUCGACAUCAUCUCGAGCGUGCAGUGGGCGCCGUCGAUGGACGCCGAUGGCCUCGUGCUCUGCGCCAUGUACAAGCGUGCGCUCGUCCAAGUCUUCUCCGUGACCGACCCGACGUGGCAGUGCAAGAUUGCCGAAGGGAUCUGCGGCCUCAUUGGCGCCAAGUGGACGCCCGACACGCGCCACAUCAUCACGAUAUCGGACUUCCGCAUUCACGCGACCGUGUGGUCGCUCGUCGAUGCCUCCAAGUAUGUGAUUCGCCAGCCCAAGCUGGGGACCGACGGCAUGACCUUCUCGCCCGAUGGUUCGUACUUGGCCGUCGCCGAGCGCGCCGAGUGCAAGGACAUGCUGGGCAUCUACGACGUCGCGUCGUGGGAGAUGGUGUCGCAUUUUGACGUGGCGAGUUACGAUCUCGUCGAGGUGCAGUGGACGACCGACGGCCGCGCGAUCUGCGUCCGCGAUACGUUUCUCGAGUAUCGCCUGCUCUUUUACGCGCCGGACGGCGCUCUCCUCCAGUGCUACGAGGCGUACCAGCACGCACUGGGCGUCAAGAGCCUCUCUUGGUCGCCGACGGGGCAGUUCCUCGCCGUUGGGAGCUACGACGAGCGCGUGCGCAUCCUGAGUCACAUGCACUACAAGCCCGUGGCGGAGCUCGAGCACCCGAGUAGCAUUGUCGCGACGCGCGCCCGGCCCGAUCCGGUGAUGGUGUAUGAAGAGGUCACCCAAGGACGAUCGAGCAAGCACCUCGUGUUUCGAGCCGCGUCGCUGCCCCACUCUGUCACGAUCGUGCAGCCCGACCCAAUGAAAGAGUCGCCGCGGCUGGGCGUCGGUGCCAUGGCCUGGAACCAUGAUGCGACGCUGCUUGCAACGCGGAAUGACAACAUGCCGCAUCACAUUUGGAUCUGGACGACGCAGACCAUGGAGCUCCACGCCGUCCUCGUCUUGACAAAACACAUCAAGACCUUUAAAUGGAGCCCGACGUCGAGUACAUUGGCGUUUGCCUGCGCCAACAACCGCGUCUGUCUCUGGUCGUCGGCCGGUGUGACGUGGAUUGAAGUUGCCGACGAAGCGCUGGCCAUCUUGAGCCUUCGGUGGCACCCAACAGACGGCCGGCACUUGCUCGCGCUCGGCAAGUCGGACUUUUGCUGCUUGUACUUUCCGGAUGCGAUCGCAGCAGCAGCUCCCACGUCGUGACAAAUCCCUCUCGAUCGAUGAUAGACACAGUCGACGGGCAUUUCUAUCUCAUUGCUCCAGUGUACGAUGCGAUACGUCAACACUGGCGGAUGAUUUUCAAAUUCAAUCGUUUGGCUCCAGACUAGUACCCU